AUGGGAUGCAGAGAAACAACGCUAAUUAACAUGCUGGCUAGUUAGCUAGCAACAAGCACAUUGAGACUUAAGAAGACAGGAUGAAAACAAAGUACACUCAGCAGGCUUCUCUUUGCUGACACAUAUUACAAGGAUAUUUCUAAAGACGAGGAAUGACAUCAUGUGACUGAGUUGCCCCUUUUCGAGAAAUGAGACUUCAGGACAUCUGCCCUCGUUGCUCAAACGAAGACCCACAUUUUAUCAGCAAAGAAUGCCUGCCACCAGGAAUGAAAUGCUCUCCUUGAGAACAAACACAGCCUAUGUUCCCUAACAGGCACGAUUCCACAGGCAAAUCAUAUAGCAGAAGCAGUGUUCAAUUUCAAACUUUGAAAUCAAUUAGACCUGAUCAACUACCUGAAGUGUGAAAACGGACCAUUCAAACAUAAUUCUGGACAAGGACGUAUGACUGGGAACUAACAAGUUAACUAACUUUGAUAAAGAGUUUAUAUCAUUUAAAGUGACCAGGGAAUUGCAGUGCGUUUAGCCAGAGUACAAGAAGAGCCUGUGAGGCUCAACCUUGCUGGUGCCAGUGGCUGAGAACAAAGUUGUUCCCUAAGAUGCUCCAGACCAAUAACUACUCGUUGGUGCUGUUGAUCCAGCUGGCUCUGCUUGCUUAUGAUCUUUUUGUCAACUCCUUUAGUGAACUUCUGAGAGCCGCUCCGGUCAUCCAGUUAGUGCUUUUCAUCAUCCAGGACAUUGCCAUCCUGUUCAAUGUGAUCAUUAUCCUGCUGAUGAUGUUCAACACCUACGUGUUCCAGGUGGGCUUGGUGUCUCUUCUCCUGGAGCGCUUCAGGGCCCUCCUGCUGCUCUCUGCUGUGUACCUGACCCUCAGCAUCAGCUUUCACUGCUGGAUUGUGAACCUGAGAUGGCUGGAAUCCAAUCGAUUCAUUUGGACCAGCGGUCUGCAAGUUCUCUUCAUCUUUCAGAGACUAGCUGCCGUUUUGUAUUACUACUUCUACAAGCGUACAACUGAAUACCUGGGAGACCCGAGGUUAUAUGAGGACUCUCUCUGGCUACGUGAUGCCUUUGCCCGAGCACGUCAGUGAAGGUGGAGAUGAUAGAACCAUCCCUGCGGUGUGGUGCUGCUUAAAGAGGCCACAUGGACAGGUUGGCCAGGAUUAAACCAAGAGGAAAAAGGAAAUACUAUGAGGGGUUAACCAAGAUAGACAUCAAUCAAAAACUGCACUACAAUGUUACUUUCUAUGGCACACUACAUAUUCUUACAGUAAGGGGAAAUUAUCAACACUAUUGGGCACUACUGUACUCAGCUAGAAGCCAUUAGAAUACAGAUUUGUCAAAAAUUCUGAGUGCAGCCCAUGAUGUAAUACAUACCAUUGUACUGCCCGUUUUUUUGUUUUUUACCAUAUUACAUUACAAUAAGUAAUGUUUGUUUGAUAUAUUGUUUAUCUGAAUUCAUCAAGUCAUCUUACAAGGGAAACAUAAGUGGAAAUGUUCCCUUUUUGAGUUGUGGAAUACACCAUUUGUGCUUACACUGUAAUUCUGACACCUCAAAGGCAGAUAUUACUUCCUAUGGAAUGUAACUUUUUUAUACAUUUGAUGUCUUUCUAUUCAGUUAAUUGUAUCAUAGCGAUGCGUUAUCAGAUUAACAGAGUUGAAAUUAGACUAGCAAUUACAAUAGAACAGAAUACUAUUACAAGGAUUGUCGUUUCUUAUUCUUAAAAAAACAGUCAAAGUUCAGUUGGCCUUGUAUGCUGGAGACCAAAUAAACUGUUUACA